GGUGGUGAUAUCAGUGGUAGUGGUGUACACACCGCGUUUAAGCUCACGGGGAAAAUUGUAGGAGCGCGAAUGCGAGCUUGAAGCGCGGGUGCGGACUUCAGUCGCGUGCGACAUACGCUCCCGGUUGCCACGGUUCGUACACAGCGGGAAAAUUUGUGUUUUCUUAUUAAAAAAUAUGCCGGUUAAAAUUUUUAUGUUAGAUAUUACACAUUCAUGUGUUAAUUUAACAUAUUGCUGUUGUAUUAAUUGAACUCAAAUGUUAAAUUAUUAAAACAAUUGAAAAAGGUGUAAAAAUAAUACAAUGUGCACAUAUUUUUAAUUUUACACAAUAUAUUCCGUAUUACUAGUGACACAAUUUAUCUGUUAAAAUUUACAAAAAGAAAUGUUGAUUUUAUUCUACAGUAGGAGUGAGAGUGACUGCAGACUAUUUCUGUCGCACAUCUCUCGGAAAUUGUCAAUAAUUAUGAGGGAUAAAUUUACAUUCAGCUCGGGAGUUCCGAACAUGCAUGAGACCCUUUCUAGUUUUCCGGAACAGUUUGGAGAUGGUCCGAAGAAACCGGAAAUAAAGCUAGAAAAUUUGAAGGAGACGGAUAGGACCAUGGACAAUCUGAAGUGCGGUUGGUACUGGUUCAGACCAAUUUAUUUGCAGAAAUUUCGCACAGCGAAAUGGGCGCUUUUCUGGUUAUGUUGGGCCGGGGCUAUGCAGGGAAUGGUCGUAAAUGGAUUUGUAAAUGUUGUCAUAACGACGAUAGAAAGACGAUUUGGAUUAAAAUCAUCGGAAUCGGGGUUAAUAGCGGGUGGAUAUGACAUUGCUAGCUUUCUUCUUCUCGUACCAGUAAGCUAUCUCGGUGGCCGUGCGAAAGCAUCGAAACCGAGGUAUAUCGGCGUAGGAAUUCUAGUUCUAGGUAUUGGAAGCUUGCUGUUUGCAUCUCCACAUUAUCUUGCUGGACCAUACAGAGGAGGUCAACAAACAGAAAAUGUAUGCCGAAGUGUCACUAAUACUUCGAGCCAUUCGAUAUCCUGCACGGAUCAAUCUACCGUUCAAGCGGAGCUAGAGCCUUACAGUGGCGUGUACUUAACCAUAUUUCUGGUAGCUCAGCUGUUACAUGGUGCCGGUGCUGCACCUUUUUAUACACUCGGGGUGACAUAUUUAGACGAAAAUGUUUCAAAAAAAAUGUCCUCAGUGUACCUAGGUAUUUAUUAUACUAUGGCCAUAAUAGGACCUGCAUUAGGUUACGUUAUCGGUGGUGAACUAUUGAAAAUUUACACGGACUUUCUUACGGUGGAUUCCACGACAAUUGGCCUAACUCCUGAUAGUAACGUCUGGAUUGGUGCAUGGUGGAUUGGUUUUUUGGCUGCAGCUGUUAUUUGCUUCAUCAUUGCGGUACCCGUUUUGGCAUUUCCAGCAGCUUUACCAGGAUCAGAGGAAUUAGCCAAGGAUAGGGUAUCAGAGGCACAUGAGAAAUCGACCCGACCUUCUACUGCGGAAACGGGAAAAGUGUUUUCCAAAAUACGAGAGCUGCCACGUGCUCUGACCGAAUUGCUCGGAAAUCCAGCAUUUUUUAUGCUGAAUUUAGCAGGUGCCAGUGAAGGAUUGCUGAUUGCCGGAUUUGCUGCCUUUCUGCCAAAAUUAAUUGAAAAUCAAUUCAGCGUCAAUGCCAGUUCGGCUGCAUUGUUGAUGGGAUUAAUAACCGUACCGGCAGGGGGUGGCGGUACUUUUCUCGGUGGUUAUUUGAUAAAACGUUUCAAUUUGCCCUGUUCUGGCAUUUUAAAAUUUUGUCUAUUGGCCACUGCUGCCUGCAUCGCUUUUACAUUAUGCUUUGCUCUAAACUGUCCAAACAUAGACUUCGCUGGAUUAACCGUUCCUUAUCAAAAUAUCACAAGAAAAAUUUCAUUAUCUUUGGAGAAUAUCUGCAACAAUGGCUGCGGAUGUUCCAGAUUACAAUUUGAUCCUAUAUGUGGCGUUGAUGGAAUCACAUAUUAUUCACCUUGCUAUGCUGGAUGUUAUCGUGAAACAUCGAUAAAGGAUGUUAAAAUAUACAUGGAUUGUAGUUGCAUACAUUCACCGGCGAUGAAUUUAACAACUGAAGAUAGUGGCGACAUUAUUCAUUAUCAAGCUAUCAACACUACUUGUGGAAGCACGUGCUCGUACCUAUGGUUGUUUAUCGUUUUGGCAUUUUGCAAUAUGUUUAUGACCUUUUUAUGUACGAUGCCAGCACUCUCGUCUACAUUGCGAGUCGUGCGGGACGAUCAGAGAUCGUUCGCUUUAGGCAUACAAUGGAUCAAAGUUCGGAUUUUGGGAACAAUACCGGCACCGAUGGUAUUUGGCGCUCUUAUAGAUGAUACUUGCAUCUUAUGGAAUGAAACGUGCGAUGGUAGAGGAGCAUGUCUCGUAUAUGACAAUUAUUAUAUGAGCAGAUAUAUGCUUGCCCUAGCAUUUAUUGGAAAAGCAGCUUCGCUUCUUUUCUUUUUCCUAGCAUGGUGGACGUAUAUCCCACCAGGAAGUAGAGACAUCGAUCAGAAUUCGCAGCAGCAAGCUACUGCUACUUUAACACUGAGCGAUACAUCUCAAGAAGUUCAAAUAGUACCAACCACGAUAGCAUAAAUUUGGAUUACUUUGUUUUUUAGAAAAUUCUCUUACACUACUACUUUAUAGAAAUGUGGUAGAAAUAAUUACAAUUUAUUACACGGAUAAACAAAUGUUUCAGCAUAUCUUUUUAUAAUAAGAUAAACUCUGAGACAGAAGAUGAUUCCAAUGUACAACAAGUGUCAUCACAAAUGCAUAAGCAAAUAUUAAGAUGGGAUAAAUGUUUAUAUGUUAAUAGAGCGCUUACGAAAGAGUGGAAGAGUAUGCUGGAAACUCUUUCUCGCGCGUUAAAAAUAUAACAAAUUUUUGAUAAUUCUAUACUUAAGGUUUGGAAGUCAAUCAAAUGAUAUUAAAACAAAUUCUGAUUAUCAUGAUAAAAAUCUUACAAAAUCCAAAGCUUUUGCAUUUUUCUCUUUCUCUGUAAUAAACAAACCGCCAUGUUAAUAAAAGCACAGACCAAUUUAUGCAGUUUUAAAACAAAGAAAAACUUCCGAGCCUAACUUAUAAUGUAAAUUUUUAUAAUCCUAAUGUUUACAAAUUGCCUAUUAAAAAUUAAUUAGACCUAUAUUUCCUAUAAUGAUAAAUAUUGAUAUUACUAUGUAUCCAAAAAGAAAAACAUAAUUCACAUAAAUUUCGAAGACAUUUCUACCAAUAUAUCAAUGCUUUGGUGGUUGUCUUAUAUAUCAUCGAUUUGAUAUCAAAUUUUUUACUGUAAUUAUUUUUGUUAAAUGGAAGAAAUGCCAAUAUGCCUAGGGCCUAGAGUAUUUAUAGAUGUCAUGAAUAAAAAACUAUUGAGGU